AUGGCGCCGAGCAAGCGCCUCCAGCACCUGUCGCGGCACUUGCAGCCUGCGCCUGUCUCCGGUUCGCCAGAGGUGCUGCAGAAUUUCAUUGGCGGGAAGUUUGUUCCUUCCACUGCAACUGCGAGCAUCGUCGUCACCAACCCCGCCACUGGCGAAGAGAUCGCGCGGGUGCCAGAUGGCAAUGAAGCCGAUGUCGACCAGGCCGUGAAAGCGGCGGCCGCCGCCUACCCUGCCUGGCGGGACACGCCGGUGAAGGCGCGGGUGGAGGUGCUCUUCCGCUUUAAGAACCUUUGCGAGCUGCACCUCGCGGAGCUCACGGCGCUGGUGGUCCAGGAGCACGGCAAGAACUCCGGGGAGGCGGAAGCCGAGGUUCUGAAAGGAGUGGAGACGGUGGCCUUUGCCACCGGCCUGCCGGACUUGCUGGCCGGCCGCAUCUUGGAAGUGGCCCGCGGCGUGUGGUGCCAUGAGGUGCGACGCCCGGUGGGCGUGGUGGCCUCCAUUGUGCCUUUCAACUUCCCCGCCAUGGUGCCCCUCUGGACGCUUCCCAUUGCCAUUGGCUGUGGGAACUGCUUCAUCAUCAAGCCUAGCGAGAAGGUGCCUUUGACGCUGCUGCGCAUGGCGCAGCUCCUGGCGGAGGCGGGCCUGCCCGCAGGGGUGCUGUCCGUGGUGAACGGCGCCAGCACCGUGGCCAAGGCUCUGGCGGAGCACCCGGGCAUCUCGGCGGUGUCCUUCGUGGGCAGCUCGCGAGUGGCCGACAUCAUCGACAAGACGGCGCGCAGCACUGGCAAGCGGGCGCUCUGCAUGGGCGGUGCCAAGAACCACUUGAUCGCCAUGCCCGACUGCGACGAGGACAUGACCAUCAGCGACAUCAUGAACUCCGCCUUCGGCUCCGCCGGGCAGCGCUGCAUGGCCGCCAGCGUGCUCAUCGUGGUGGGCAAAGGCCGCCGGGCCUUCCUGGACAAACUGGUGGCCCGGGCUGCGUCUUUGAAGGCGGGGCAGCAAGCGGGGGAGGUGGGCCCGGUCAUCGACCCUGCAGCAGCGCAGCGCAUCGCGUCCUACGUGGGGAGCUGCGAGUCGAACGGCGGCAAGAUCCUGCUGGAUGGCCGCAAGUGGCAGUCCAAGAGCCCGGGCUUCUGGUUCGGGCCCACGGUCCUGAUGCACAAGUCUCCGAAGGAGGCAGCGGUCGUGGAGGAGAUCUUCGGCCCCGUGCUGUCAGUGCUGGAGGUGGAUUCCUUGGACGCGGCGGUGGCCAUUGAGAACGCCAACCCCUACGGCAACGCGGCGGCGAUCUACACCAUGUCUGGGCAGACGGCUCUGGAGACAGAGAAGUUGGCGGCCGGGAUGAUCGGGGUGAACAUCGGCGUGCCGGUGCCCAGGGAGCCCUUCAGCUUCGGGGGGAUCUUGAACUCCAAGUUCGGCGACUCCUCGGACAUUACCGGGGAGGGCGGCAUCAACUUCUGGCUGCCCGGGCAAAUCGAGCUUGAGGCGAACGCCAGCUGUGCAGCUACUGCUUGGAGGACCCACCUGGCGGCGGCGAGGUUUUACGAUAGCCGCAGCCAUCACCUGAACAGCACAGUGUAUCGCUGGGAGGACGGACGCUUCGAGCCGCACCAGCACCUGGGCACCUCGGGCGCCUGGGCGCUGUGCUCCUUCCGCGUGGCCGGGCACAGCUUCCUGGCCGUGGCCAGCUUCUUCGACGGGAAGCGCCGGCAACUUGCCAGUCCUGUGUACAGAUGGGAUGCCGGCACCGAUUCCUUUGUUUGGCAUCAGGACCUGGCCACCGAAGGGCCCAAAGACGUGGAGUAUCUGGCGAUGGGAGUUCUGGCCUUUGCCGAGAGCAUCGCUGACAAGGUGGGCCAGUGCCGCACCUUCCGCUGGAAAGGCGACGGAGAUGGCAGGUUCGAGCCCUUGCAGGUCUUGCCCACCGGCCCCGCCUUUGACGUGGAAGCUUUCGCUUUUGCCGGCGAAGAGGGGAUGGUUGUGGUGCACGAGGACGGAGUGGAUGUUUAUGUCGCCGAGUGGCUUGAGAUGGAGCUAAAAGGCUUCAAGCUGCUGCAGAAGUUGGAGGUCCGUCACGGCCGGGACGCCGAGCACCUCGCUUGGCAAGGCCGAGACUUCGUGGCGAUUGCAGUGUUCCGAAACCAGCAGAGCUACCAGGCGGACGCCCUCGUGUAUGAGUGGGACCCGGAGCUGCGGAGCCUGCAGCAGGCUCAGGGCCUUCCAUCGGAAGGCGGCUUCGAUGCCGCGGUCUUGCGCUUCGCGGAUCCGUUGCUCCUGGUGGCGAAUCAGCGUGCCGGCGUGUCGGUGCUUUAUAGCUUCGAUGCGCCCGGGUGUCGGUGCCUGAGAAUUGUGCUGUUCUUGUUGGUGGAGGAUUUGCUGGCGCUGGAAGUGGUGGCUGUUCUGGUGGUGUCAGUCCGCAGCUGCUGUGCCGCGUCGCCGACUUUGCCACGUCUGGGCUCCCAGUGA